AUGCGUUCUUAUACAGGCUGCCUCACAUGCAGAGGUCGCAAAUUGAAAUGCGAUGAAGCCAAGCCAAUCUGUGGCCCCUGCAAUAAGGCAAGUCGGGAAUGCAAGUUUGAUCAGCGAUGUAUCUUCCGUAGUCAAACUUUCUCGACGCCGAAGCCUAGACAUAAACGCAGAGCUGGCUCGCGGGGCAACGAUACUUCAAAUGUGCUCGAUGAAGGUCAAACCUGGGUUGAGGUACCGCAUGAUCUUACCUUUAUCCAAAUAGAUGAUCCAUGGUCGCCCGAUGGUGCACAUGUUCUACAUGAGCCCUGUGAAGACCGAGAAGAAGAAACCUCCUCUGUGCAGCAACAUACAGACCCAAGGGUCAAUUUUGGCCUUGACAAGCAGCCUCCUAAAUCAUCUACCGAUAACUCUCUUCAGUCCACCCCUAUAUGGCACACGCCAGUCCCGGAAGUAAUCGCAGAUACCCCGGAUAGUGUCCGCCUCUCAAUCCCAAGACCUCAGAGAUCUGGAAAAGAUGUUGACCACAAUGUGGUUAUCUCUUACAUGUUGCGACAUUUCAAGGAAGGACCGGGCCAGUGGAUGGACCUUUUUGAUACCACAGCAUACUUCUCAUCCAAAGUGCCCGUGAUAGCAGCUGUGCGGCCUCUGCUAAAAUCUGCAGUCUGCGCUCUCUCGGCCAAGCACCUACAACAUCUUUAUCAUAUCUCGGACGGCAUCGACCGCAACAGUUAUAUUCUUUCGCUGGCAGACGAAGAGACUUGGCAUUACCAGUCAGCAAAGCACUACGAUCAAGCAUUAGGAUAUUUGAAAACCGCAAUCGAUCUCGAAACUUAUAAUGACAGUCCCUCCGAAAAGGAAGAAAUGUUGGCUGCUGUGGCAAUCUUAUGUCUCUACGAAUUGAUGGAUGCACCUGGUACUUCUUGGAGAGCUCAUCUCAGCGCCCUACCUCUGUUCAACGAAACUUCUGCCUCGAUGCCCGUCCACUCCUCGGUUAUCAUUCCUAGGACGGCAAUCAAGGGGCCGAUUUUUUGGAGUCUUGCAAGGCAAGACCUGCUAUGUGCUUUUAUAAGCGAGACCUCAACCCGUCUUGAUCUAAAAGACAUGCGUCUAUGGCAAAAUGCCGGCCUAAUCACAAAUGAACACGGAACCUUGUUACCUUCCACCGCAAUAAGCCCAUUGGACGUCCAAAAUUAUUCAGGAAUUGAAGAAGACAUGAAAGCCAACGAACUCACCUGGCUCCUUGGAAAGAUUGCAAACCACCUGAUCAUGGGAGACACAGUCACUUUGGAAGACUUUGUGUUGCCACGUGAACAACGAGCCUACCUUGGCCUAAAUCAGCAGCACCUGCUCGACCGCUGGAAUCUGCUUAUGUCCGAGCUAGAACAGUGGUACGACUGCCUCCCGUUAACAUUCACAGAAGCUGCACGGACAAGGGCAGAGGGUAGCACCGAUCCACGACACAAACUCUCCCUGGAAGCCUUCGAACAAAUCUGGUUCAAUUUACCGUUAUGUGCUGCAACAAUCCAAAGUUAUCAUCAAGCUAGGAUUCUAUUAUUAGUCAAUCAGCCACAGCAGUCAACGGCAAUUCAAUCAACUGUGUCCUCGCGGCUGAGGGCAUAUCGAAGUGCGCUGAAACAGGCCCUAUUCCAUGCACGGGAGAUCUGUGGCAUUAAUCUCGCGAAUCCAACAGAUCCUGUACGAAUUAAUUCGGUGCAGGCUUUGUUUGUUGCUGGGCAGGUGUUUCAAGGGCGACGGGAGCAAGAUGCCGUUCUGGAGAUACUUGCUGGCAUCGAGAGGGAUUUAGGUUGGACAACUCAAUUCCAUGCUGCUAAGCUGGUUGAUGAAUGGGGGAGGGGAGGGGAUGAUAGUCAUGGGCUUGGCCGGGGUGGGCGUGGAUACAGGGAUGAUUGGAUGACUCCAUAG